AUGUCCUCCUCAGCUUGGAGAAGGAUAGUUUCCCCUUACCCCGCUGGCCACGUCCUCCUCAGCUUCAUGGAUGCUUACUCAGGGUACAAUCAGAUCUUCAUGUAUCCUGAGGACCAAACCCAUACAUCCUUCAUCACUGACUGUGGCCUUUACUGCUACAAAGUCAUGCCCUUCGGUCUUAAGAACGCCGGAGCUACGUAUCAGCCUCUGGUGAACAGCAUCUUCGCUCCACUAAUUGGCAACACCAUGAAGGUUUAUGUUGAUGACAUGCUGGUCAAGAGUCGCACUGCUGACCAGCACAUCCCCUACCUCUCUCCCAUGUUCACCAUUUUGAAGCAGUAUAGGAUGAGGCUCAACCCCACCAAGUGUGCAUUUGGGGUGGCUUCCGGCAAAUUCCUUGGCUUCAUGAUCAUCCAAAGAGGUAUUGAGGCCAACCCGGAUAAGAUCCGGGGCAUCUUAGACAUGACGAUACCCAAGACGGUCAAGGAUAUUCAGAGCCUUACAGGGCGCGUCGCAGCCCUGACUAGAUUUAUCUCUAAGGCUACUGAUCGUUGCACCCCAUUCUUCAAGGCACUUAAGGGCAGCAAACGCAGUAUAACCUGGAUUGCCGAGUGUGACCAGGCCUUCGGCGAGCUCAAGGCAUACAUGAUGCACUAUGUGAGCAAAGGAUUGCAAGAUGCGGAGGUUCGGUAUUCGGACAUUGAGAAACUUGUUUUCGCCCUGGUAGUCUCGGUUAGACACCUCAGACCAUACUUUCAAGCUCAUACCAUCCAUGUCUUAACCAACCAACUGCUCAGGCAAGUGUUGCAGAAGCCAGAGACUUCUGGGAGAACCCCAAGCUUCGACCGCUACCCAGAUCAUAACGGAACCCAAUCUUCUUUUAGGCAAGCUCCACGUCGCCAGCAAUGGCAACCUCGACCUGACCCAGCCCUUGUGGACCUUAUAUGUGGUGGCUCAUCCAAUGCCCAAGGAUGUGGGGCCGGCUUCGUUCUUAUCUCCCCAGACAAGGUUGCCUUUAAGUACGCCCUCCGCUUCAAAUUCCACGCCUCCAACAAUGAGGUCGAAUACAAAGCACUCAUAGCUGGACUUCGACUAGCCAAAGAGAUGGGCGCCAAGCAAAUUCAGAUAUUUAGCGACUCACAGCUCGUUGUCCAUCAAGUACUACGCUCUGAGAACAGCCAUACUGAUGUUUUGGCCAGGCUAGCCUCGUUCUUGGAGCAGGGCAUAGGUCUCAACAUCCACAUUGAGUUCUUGGAUCAGCCCAGCACACAGGCACCACUCAUCUGUACCAUUGAUCACAGCCUUGCAUGGAUGGACCCCAUCAUUCAGUUCUUGCAAAACCAAACAAUACCUGCCGAUCCUACUGAGGCGCAACGUGUUCGCUAUCGCUUCGCUCGAUACCUAAUCAUCAAUGACGCCCUAUACAAGCGUGGCUUCAGCCUCCCCUACCUUCGGUGCCUGACCCCAGAGGAAGCCUCCCUAGCCCAUCCUCAGUCUAAUGGCCAGGUGGGAGCCGUGAACAAGAUCAUCAAGAAAAAUCUAAAGACCAAGCUUGACAAAGCUAAGGAUUACUGGCCAGAGCUACUCACAGAAGUUCUCUGGUCAUACCGCACCACCUUCCAUACCUCAACAGGAGAAACACCGUUCUAUCUUUCCUUUGGUACUGAAGUCGUGGCACCAGUAGAGAUUGGCCAGCCCAUAUACCGAACCUCCACUUAUGCGGCUGAAGCCAAUGAUGAACAGUUAGCACUGAACCUCGACUUCAUUGACGGGCUUCGUGCCCAAUCCAACAUGAGCAACGUCGCGUACAAACAGCGCAUCGCCAAGUACUAUAACUCUAGGGUCAAACCCUGUGCUUUCAAGAUUGGGGACUAG